AUGGGCGCAGGGACGUUCUCACAAGGCCCGGUGAAAUGGGUCCAAAGAAGAAACUUUCUGGAUGUCAGUUUAAGAACAUCCGAAAAGAAAAACAAAAAGAGGACAAGAACAUCAGCACUUGGUGGCUGGCUUUUAAAUGAAAAUAAAGAAAUGGGAAAAAAAGAUACACCUUCUCAAAUACAAGAAGAAGUUAAAGAAGAAGACAUCAAAAAUAAUGAAGGCGAAGAAGAAGAAUGCAGCAUGAUACCUUUAUCAGAAGAAGGUGACGACGACGACAACCGCAGCUACAUAACUCCAACAAUACCAAUGGACGUUGACACAAACCUCGCUACUUUAGAAGAAGACUGUGGUCCUCAGCUGGAACCAUUCACAAAGAAUGAACGUUUGCGUGCUGCUGUUGAGGAAGAGGAAGGGUGUAGUUGUACGCCUACAAAUGAAGGCAAAGAAAUUGAAAUAAUCUACGACGACCCCAAGCAAUGGCCUGAAAAUUUUCGAUCUGAUGCAAUACAGAACGAGGUUAUUGAGAUUUUAGGUAAAAAGGUUAGGUCUGAAAUAUUGCAAGAUAUCAAAAAUGCCAAGUACUUCUCAAUUAUGUUUGACUGCACCCCGGAUACAGCACGUUUAGAGCAGAUGAGUCAAAUAAUUAGAUAUGUAAAAAUUGUGGAUGGAGAGUGUGUAAUAGAAGAAAGCUUUGUUGACUUUAUCAUAAGUCAUCAGAAAACUGGAAGAGGUUUAUCUGAAGAAAUAUUGGACAAGCUGAUGAACGACGGCUUAGAUAUCCAGAACUGUCGGGGGCAAGGCUUCGAUAACGGUGCAAAUAUGGCUGGAAAAUAUGAAGGUGUCCAAGCUCAUAUAUGCCAGCUGAACGACCUUGCCAAAUUUAUUCCUUGUUCAGCUCAUAGCUUGAACCUAGUUGGCGUGCACGCAGCAGAAGUGUCAGUUCUAAUGAUGAAUUUUUUUGGAAAAGUGUUGGAGUUUUUUAAUUUCUUUAGUAGUUCUACAAUACGUUGGGAAGCCUUACUUGAUUGUGUAAAAACUACCCUGAAGAGACAUUGUGAGACAAGAUGGUCUUCUAGACGACAAGCCGUUACAGCACUGCAGAAGAACUUGCCAUCAGUAUUUAAGGUGCUACAAAACAUGGCCGAUAGAAGCAACAAUUGGAACUCUGACACUACAUGUGGUGCUACAAACCUGUUAAGACAAAUUGAUUUCGAAUUUGUAUGCCUCCUAGAGAUUUGGACUGAUGUGUUGAUCAGUUUGGACUGUACCAACAAAUCACUACAAGGAAAGACUGUCACUCUUGAUGUAGCAUCAAGUUUACUAUCUGGCUUGGCAAAACAGAUUCAACAUCUACGAGAACAAGGUGUACAAAAGUACAUAGACAAUGCCAAACUAAUCUGUACUUCUAUGUCCAUCGACAGCAGUUUUGCCGAAAAACGACUAAGAAGGGUCAAGAAAAUGUCUGGGGAGAUGGCUGAAGAUGAAGCGCAUUUAAUUAGCUCUGAAAAAAUCUUUGAAAGAGAGUGCUACUCUGUAUUUGACAAACUUAUGAGUGAAAUGGAUAACAGAUCCCAUAUUUAUCACAACAUUUCUUCUGACUUCAGUUUCUUGUCUGACAAAUCUUUAAGUAGGAACUCUGUAUGUGACCUUCAAAAAUGUGCAGCGGACUUGGGUGUCAAAUACAGCAGAGACAUUGACACUUUUGAACUAGUAAAUGAAGUAGCUGCUUUUAAGUUCCAGGCAAAAGAGCUUGUAAAAGACUUGGAGAAGGCAUCUCACUUGGAUCUCUUAAAGGCCAUUUCAAAAUACGAGUUGAAAGAUGCUUAUCCAAAUGUAGAAAUAUCCUUACGGAUAUUUUUAACGAUGCCUGUCAGUGUUGCAUCUUGCGAGCGUAGUUUCAGCAAGCUCAAGAUAAUUAAAAACUACUUGAGAUCGAGCAUGUGCGAAACUCGACUGACAAAUUUGGCAAUUUUAUCAAUCGAGUAUGACAGAGCAUCCAAAAUUGAUUUCAAUGAAGUAAUCAAUGAGUUUGCUCUCGUUAAAGCAAGGAAAGUGCAAUUAUUGUAA